AAAUGGUGUCUCAAGGGACUUUCCUUGACCCUAGUUUUGCUCUUGGUAACUCUAAUCUCACUUGGUGAAGCCAACAGCAACCGUAAGCUCCUGCAAACUCCCACCAACUACCAACCGCUACAUUCUCCUCUUCCAUCUCCGGUCUAUUCUCCACCGGCUGAUCUUCCUCCUCCUCCAAGUCUGGUUUAUUCUCCUCCACCUGAUCUUCCUCCUUCUUCAUCUACGGUCUAUUAUUCUCCUCCUGCUGAUCUCCCUCCUCCUCCUAGUCCGGUUUAUUCACCUCCGGUUGACGACCUUCCUCCUCCUAGUCCGGUUUAUUCACCUCCGGUUGACGACCUUCCUCCUCCUAGUCCGGUUUAUUCACCUCCUGUCGACGACCUUCCUCCUCCUCCUACGCCGAUUGAUCUUCCUCCUCCUCAAGCUUACAAAGCCUUCUAUUAUACGAGAUAUCCAUCACCACCACCUCCCACAAAAUCAUGGUGGUGGUUGUUGUGA